AUGUCCGGUUGGUAUGGUAGUUUCUUUCCAAGAGACAAGCGCAGAAACCUUGUACGUGGAGGAGGACACCCAUCAAUGCCACCAUCCCCUAGUCCUAAUGAAGCGUGGGAUCCUCCUUCCAGUCGCGGUAGCUCAGGUUCUUUUUUUGGUCGUGGUAACUCAGAUUUUUUUGGCAGUUUUAACAUGGGUAUGGAUUUCAGAAACACUCCUGAUGCUUUCAUAGCGAGAGCAGAAUUUCCAGCAGGAUUGAACGACCAACAGGUGAAGUUCGAAGUCGAUGGGGGGAGGGGUAAAAUCUGGGGAGAAAAUAGCAGCGAAAGAGAAUACAACAACGGUAAUAGGCGCGUCCAUCAUCAGACUACUACCAAGAUGGCUAAUUGGUUCGACUUUCCGGAGGAUGUUGCAGUUGAUCAGGCUAACGGAUCCAUGGCAGAUGGCGUUUUCAGCGUUACCUUCCCUAGAGGGAGGAAGUGA